AGCUCCGGACGCGCAGACGCGCGCCCGUCCCCGCCCCCGCCCGCAGAGGCCCCGCCCCGCGUCACGUGAGCGCCGCGUCAGCUGACCAGGCGCGCAGGGAGGAGAAAGGCCGGGCGGCUUUCUGGCGCGAUGAGGUUCCGGUUCUGCGGUGAUCUGGACUGUCCUGACUGGGUCCUGGCGGAGAUCAGCACGCUGGCCAAGAUUUCCUCCGUGAAGCUGAGGCUGCUGUGUAGCCAGGUGCUGAAAGAACUCCUGGGACAGGGGAUUGACUACGAGAAGAUCCUGAAGCUCACCGCCGAUGCCAGGUUUGAGUCGGGCGAUGUCAAGGCCACGGUGGCAGUGCUGAGUUUCAUCCUCUCCAGUGCAGCCAAGCACAGCGUGGAUGGCGAGUCCUUGUCCAGCGAACUGCAGCAGCUGGGGCUGCCCAAAGAGCACGCGGCCAGCCUCUGUCGCUGUUAUGAGGAGAAGCAGAGUCCUCUACAAGAGCACCUGCGGGCCUGCAGCCUGCGUGUGAAUAGGCUGGCGGGCGUGGGCUGGCGCGUGGACUACACCCUGAGCUCCAGCCUGCUUCGGUCGGUGGAAGAGCCCAUGGUGCAUCUGAGGCUGGAGGUGGCAGCUGCCUCGGGUGCCCCGGCCCAGCCUGUGGCCAUGUCCCUCUCAGCAGACAAGUUCCAGGUCCUCCUGGCAGAACUGAAGCAGGCUCAGACCCUGAUGAGCUCCCUAGGCUGAGGAGAAUGGUGUUUGGGGCCCCUGUGGAGCCGCCUUGCCCGUGUCGAGUUGCUGCCCCCCAAACUCUUGAGGGGUGGCUCCAGCUCCAGGACCCUGGAGGCCUGGCCUCCCAGAUCUCUGGCUUGCCAGGUUACCACUUGAGAAUUCAGCAUAAGGAUUCUGAGGAUUUUUCCAGCAUUGCCCUCCCUCCCCCACGAGAGGCACUUGUCAACAGUUUUCACAAGCAGGAAGAAUAAACAGAAGUGUAAAGGA